AUGGAAGACUCUAGCCAACAACAACAGCAGGAGAGCGUCGCCACCUCGAAGCGCAUCUACCUUGGAAACCUUCUGUACUCGGUCAAGCCCGGCACGAUUGAGGAGAUGCUGCACGAGGGCGGCUUCGGCAACUUUGAAAAGAUUCACAUCUCGGUCGACCCCGUCAGCGGCCGCAACCCUGGCUACUGCUUCGUCGACUUUCCCGACAAGGCCUCGGCCGACCGCGCCCUCGAAACGCUCGACGUGUCGAUUGGCGGCCGCCCGCUCAAGGUCCGCCCCUGCGAGCCCAAGAAGCCGCGCGCCUCGGCCGGCGGCGCGCGCUGGGGCCGUGAGGGCGGCGCUGAUUCUGCCUCUUCCUCGCCUGCCCGCAGUGGCAACAACAACAACAAUAACGGCAGCGACGGCCAAGGAUUCAACCGCUGGGGCGACUGGAACUCGAGCCGCGACCGCGAUUCGCAUCAGCAGCAGCAGUCACGGCGCGGCGGCGACAGGCAGGGUCCCGGCGCGGCCCUCGACCACUUUGAUGAGAAUAUGCAGGUGGAUGGCCGCAGGCUGUUUGUCGGUGGCUUGGGCAAGAUGAUUGACCAGGAGCACAAUCGUGUCGAGAUGGAGGCUAUUUUUGCAGACUUUAAGCCUGCCGCCAUUGGCAAGCGCAUCACCGCCCGCCCCGACGAGAGCAAGCCCGCCAGCGGCAACCGCAACUUUUGCUUCGUCGACUUUGACACACGCGACGAGGCCGAGGCCGCGCGCCUGGCCCUCGACGGCAUCGAGCUCAACGGGAGCCCCAUUACCGUGCGCACCGCCCGCCGUCAGCGCGAGCAGAUGCAGCCCAGCAGCUUCCGCCACGACAUUCAGCGCAACGGCAACGGCAACGGCAAUGGCAGCGGCGCAGAGUCGCCCGCGGGCGGCGCCAGGGCCUUUGCCUCGCGUGACUGGCGUCGUCGCGUAGACUAA